CAUCACGUGCUGCGGGGUGCCCCGUGACUUGACUUGCGCAGGGCGUUUCCCAAAAGGGCAACGGGAGGGCAAGGAAAAAAUACAAAAGGAAACAAAACUUGUUGAGCUUGUCUUGAGAAGGGCGCGAGUUCCGUCGACUCAAACUACCGGCCAUCGUCAUCGUCACAGCUACUCCACGUCGCAGAGAUAUAAAGCUGCCUCUUCCCCUCCUCUCUAGGCCCAGUUCGACUCAUCCUCUGCUCAAUUGAACAGCCUACAUAUACAUACAUCUAUCACCGGCAUUCCCCUCACCCCACUCGCUCAUUGCCUACAGCUACAAUGGCUCAGAAAGAGAAAGUCCUCCUCGCCUACUCCGGUGGCCUCGACACCAGUUGUAUCCUCGCCUGGCUCCUCGAGCAGGGCCAUGAGGUCGUCUGCUUCCUCGCCGAUGUCGGCCAGGCUGAGGAUUUCAAGGAGGCAGAGCGCAAGGCCCUCGCCGUCGGUGCAAAGAAGUUGGUCGUCGAGGACCUCAAGAAGGAGUUCGUUGAGGAUCUCUGCUUCAAGGCCAUCCAGUGCAACGCCAUCUGGGAAGACCGAUACCUCCUCGGAACUAGUCUUGCCCGCCCAGUCAUUGCCAGAGCUAUGAUGCGCGUCGCCCAACAAGAAGGAUGCACAGCCGUCAGCCAUGGAUGCACCGGCAAAGGAAACGACCAAGUCCGCUUCGAGCUCGCCUUCUACGCCAUCCAGCCAAGCAUCAACGUCAUUGCGCCAUGGAGAAUGCCAGAGUUCUACAACCGUUUCGCCGGCCGCAACGACCUCAUCGAAUACGCCCAGAAGUUUAACAUUCCCGUUACUUCCACUAAGGCUAAGCCGUGGUCUAUGGAUGAGAACUUGGCUCACUGCUCCUACGAAGCGGGUAUCCUCGAGGAUGCCGACCACACCCCACCAGAUGACAUGUGGAAGUUGACCGACGACCCUCGCAGCGCCCCUGAUACCCCAGCUGAUCUCAACAUCGUCUUUGAGAAGGGUAUUCCAGUCGCUCUCAUUGACCCCAAGACUGGCAACAAGACCACAGGCUCUCUCGCCAUCUUCUCUGCUCUCAACGAGAUUGGCCGUGUCCAUGGCAUUGGCCGUAUUGAUAUCGUCGAGAACCGCUACAUUGGUCUCAAAUCUCGUGGUUGCUAUGACUCCCCUGCCAUGACCAUUCUACGUCUCGCCCAUCUUGACCUCGAGGGUCUCGUACUCGACCGUGAAGUCCGUCUCCUCCGCGACCAGUUCGUCACCAUCACCUGGUCCCGCAUCCUCUACAACGGCCUAUACUUCUCCCCAGAGCGCAAGUUCAUCGAGCAGUCCAUCACCGCCAGUCAAGACGACGUUAACGGUCAGGUCCGCGUCCGAUGCUUCAAGGGUGCCGUUUCCGUUCUUGGUCGCAGUUCUGAGACCAGCAAGCUGUACGACCCCGAGCUCAGCAGCAUGGAUUCCAUUGACGACUUUGCUCCUACCGAUACUACCGGUUUCAUUGCCACGCAGGCCAUCAGACUCAAGGCCUACGGUAAGGCCGAGAAAGCUGCCGGUGUCGACCUCACCAAGGCAUAGAUUUGACUCCUAAAUUACACUUCAAUUUCAGUGCAACUCUAUCUAUCCUGAAGACUCUUCUGUCGGAGAUUAGAUAAAAGAUCGCACUACCAGGUUCCCACCAACAUCACUACCGUUGCUACCACAAUAUCAUCACCACCAUCAGAACCCCAGGGAGGUAGCUAAUCGCCUGAAGUUGUUUUCCUUUAUUUUCUCUAUUUUUGGGUCAAAACAAAAUGCACAGAAGGAUAGAAGGAAACUACAUGUAUUCUGGGCCUACAGUCCAGAUCACGAGGCGAUACGUAUACUUUUAAUUAACGAGUAAAUGCAAUGAAAUAAUAACGAGCAUGUUCAUGUGAAACUCCAAGAAUCCAAGCCGAGAGUUACCUUCUAUGGUGGUCAAAGCGUAAAAAGCUUAAUUAAGUCAUGUGACAAAACUCUAACCUAAA